GGCGUGCAGCUCACGAACGCGCCAGCACCGCCAGAGCCAACAGGCACACGUCGUGAGGACGGCGUUGUGGUGGGGAGGGGGAGGGGAGGUGGCUCGCAACAAGAACACACCACUCAUUAUCGAACCACUGACGAGAGGCAGAGCAACCAACAAAGCAGUGCCUUAGCAAUUUGUUGUGGGGUCCUCUCCUUCCAAAUUAGUGGUUGUGUGGGACCUCAGCAAAUGUCAUUUUUCCUUUCUGCACCCAUGACACCAGUGACCACAGCAUCGACAACGACGACGACGACGACAACAACAACCAACAACAACCAACAACAACCAACAACAACAACAACCAACAACAACAACAACCAACAACAACAACAACAACAACAACAACAACAACAACAACAACAACAAGAGCUGCAGUCAGCACCAACCAUCUCCAAACCCUUAGCAUCCACUCUUCAUUACUUUGUAACCAUGGCAUUCCUCCGGAGACAAGCUCGGCCAUCACCACUCGAGCCUCAUCCAGUGACACUCAGCGCCACUCGGGAGCAACAAGUCCACAUUCUUGCCUUCCUUCUCACAGAGUCGUUUACUGCGUUGCGAGCGAAGCUGCCACCGGCAGCCAUCUGCAAGAUGGCGGAACUUGCCGUCGUCGCCCUCAGCAGCCAGCGCAUCGCGUACCACGCGCCGUCGCACAUCUUCAACGUGACACCAGAGGACAUCAAGGCGGACCCCAUCUCGUUUUUGGCACGCGUGUUCCACGCCACGGCGUUUCUUCAGGCCGACGACUGCAUUGCGCCGUAUCUUCUGCCCAUCCUGCAGCGGGCACGCCUCAUCCCCUUGCCGCCAGCUGCGGACCUUCGGCAGGAGGACAGGCAACAGCAACACCAGCAGCACUUGCACCUGUACCUGCACAAGAGCAAGACAAGCUCGCAUCUGCAGCCAACCACGACUACGCAUGGUGUUGGCAGCAUGGAACGCAGUGACGGCGCCAUGGCACAGCAGCAGCAGCAGCAGCAGCAGCAGCAGCAGCAGCAAGAUGAUUGCCAGUCUCGCCGGCGCCGGCACAGGCAGCACUCGGAUCCAAGCAGGCAGCGCACCCCGAGCGACGACAGCUACAUGCAGGACUUCUCCAUCCAAAGCAUCCAGGCCAUGCCGCAGCUGAUGCCUUGUGCUGGGUCGCACGCUGCACGGAAGCGAGGCCUGUGUCAACCGCACGCCCUCGCGCUCAUGGCCGGCAUCGACGUAGGUUGUUACAAACAGAAGAAGGCCUCUUCCUUGUCUCCUUCCACAACCUCGGCCUCCCUCUCCCCGUCACCGACUCCAUUCCCCGUCUUCUCUUCUUCCUGGGGCAUUACCGGGGAGGAGGACGAGGUACAAGUGCACUGGCCUGCCGACCAUCCCCACCGCGCACGGCGUCGCCGCUCGAGAUCCAACGAGUCCCAGGCCGAGCGUCCGCGACAGCACAUGCUCGGCGAUGACCUGCGUGCUCACCACAGGCGGCUGGUCAGGAGUGCCAGCAAGUCCACGUCGUCAUACACCACGGCAACCAGCACCGCCUUCACCCCUGUGCCUGUGGAGGCUGCGGUAUUGGCGCAUGGACGCGGAGAAGGCCGCCCCGGCAUGAGCGUGAGGGCGGCCGUUGCCCGCGUCAUGUCGUGGUGGCGUGAGGACCUGCAACAGACGCACGGCAUCAAGAGCACCGGCCGGCACCCGCACGAAUCCAUCCUGCACGGCUACACGGGCGCGCACACGCCGGAGGUGCGCCGGGAGAAGCGGGAGAUUGCGCAGCGCCUGUGCUACAGGGUGUUUGGCUACACGGCCGGCGAGGUGAUCCCCUUUGAAGCUGAUGCUCCGGGCCUGAACGAGUUCAUCGCGUGCGUGGUGGCCAUGGACAUGCUUGGGCCCUGGCUCAACGAGGUGCACCUGCUGCACGUGUGCGCGUGCUUGCGUGCAUGUGUACCGUUCCGCACCCACGACGCCAUGACCGAGCUGUACGCCACGUGCGUGCGCAUCUGCGACGAGGACCUGCCCUUCCUGCAGGUGCUGCCGCGGUCGUGUCUCGAGAAGAACAUGCGGCACAUUGUGGAGAGCGCGUGCCACACGGCCGCGUACGUGCACGAGCACUUCUCCGCUGAGGAUCCGCGUGUGUUCCUGGCACACCUGUGGAAACAGCUUCCGGAGCGGCACGCGUCUUUGCGCGAUGCAGACGCGCACACGCUCAAGGACUGGGCUGGCGCCAUGGCGGGCACUGUGAGCUACCUCGACUAUUUGCUGGAGGAGCCGGCCCGCAUCUUCCCGCGCUUCGGCGACGCGCGCACAGCUGAAGAGCAGCAAGAGCUUGAGCAGCGCGCGGUGACGAACAUGGCGAUUGCGCACAGCGUGGUGUCUUCGCGCCUGAUCUGCGCCAGCGCCAUCCACGCCGCCCUGAGCUGCUCCCAGUUUGCAGCGGAGGUGGACACCAUGCCCCUCCAGCAGCUGUUUGCACGAAACGCAGCCACCGCGAGCAGCAAGACGGCCGGCACUGCCGCGGGUGGUGAUAGCGAUGAGGUGUUUGCUCGUCUUCUCAAGGGCGACUUGCGGGCUGGCUCGGACCACGUGGCUGUGGUGGAGGCACUGCUCCAGCACGGCUUCAACGACUUUGCAACGGACCGCUGUGACACCUGCGACGUCGCCUUGGACGUGUACCGCGCCCUCACCACCGCGGACGCCGAAAGCGUCAGCGCGGGGCGCAGUGGUGUACCCACGACGGCGAUGGGCGACGACAACGACAAGCCUGUCGGAGGUGCAGCGGGGCUGCAAGAGCAGCACGCGGGAUGUGGGCACGACCAACAGCACGAAGGGCUUCGUCGGUGCUUGAAGCUGUGCUUGCGGUAUCACCGCGGUGAAAUGCAUGUUCGCUCGUUUCACGCAGAACUGCCCGCGUGCGUGGCUGAUGCGGUCGCUCGCUUCGUGCACACGUGUGUCUGA